AUGGCUCCGAGCUGCUGGUUCUUCUUGGCCCUCUGGCUACCAUUGGUGCUCGUGGUCGUGGCGGCUGUGCAGCAGGUGGAAGCAGGCUGCUCGGGCUUGGCCAAGAGAUGCGGCAACCUCACCAUCUCCGACCCAUUAUGGGUCAGGAAUAACUUUGCGGAGCGAGCGUGUGGUUCCUCAGAUUUCGAGGUCACUUGCUUUAACAACACUCCAGUUUUACGGAGCUCUAUGCCCACAGGCUUUGGUUUUGGUAUCGUCGACAUCUCCUAUGAGGAACGGAGGUUGCACGUCGCCGAUGGAGGCAAGCUGUACUUGCUGCAAGCCCGCAACAGCUGCGGAAUACAGAUCUGGAACACCUCCGCCAAACUCGGCGUCCCGUUCAGCAUAUGCGCCGGCCAUCUGAACCUCAUACUGUACAACUGCACGGAGAAGGGCGCAGCAGCGGCCACGGCACGUCGGGACAGGGAGCUGGUGCGGACGAGGAUGCGGUGCGGGAACGACAACGUGGUGUUUGCCCGCGUGGGCGGCCGUUAUUACGACGAGACCAGAGACUACGGCGGCUACCCUAUGGAGGGUUGCGACACUUCUGCCGUCCCCGUGAUGGGCUCGUCGUCAGGCAAGACGAACGCGAGCGACUACGAGCAGCUCAUCGCCGAUGGGUUCCUCUUGACAUGGGGUCCGCCGCCUGCACCUUCACCUCUCCCUACGCCUACACCUGCACCUCCGCCUCCACCUCCACCUCCAGGUAAGUUGGCUAGCCAAAUCAUCUUUUAA